AUUUAUAACAAUGUACUCCACAAAUGAUUAUUUAUUUUAUUUCCCUACGUACAUAUGCUGGACUUACACUGCACAACAAUAAAAAAUAUCAGAAUAGAACAAUGUUGACAACUGAAAAAAGGUGAGUGUACAUUGAAAGGCAAACAUUUGCAGGAUGGAAAUCUUGAUAAAAGUAACUGUGCUGAUGUUUUUGAUUCAUAUUGCUGAAGCUGGGCAGAAGAAAAACAAGCAGGUACUAGGACCAGAGCUAUGUAAAGAAGAAUUAUCUGCAGCAAUAAACAAAUUUGGGAUUGAUAUGUAUAUGGAGUUAUCUGCAAGCCAUCCAGGUGAAAAUGUCUUCUUCAGUCCAAUUAGCAUUACAACUGCUUUGUCUAUGUUGAUGCUUGGAGCCAAAGGGGAGACAAAAUCUCAAAUGGAGGAGGUGCUCUAUACAACUGAGCUUCAAAGAUGUCUUCAUGAAACAUACAAUUUUUGGGAAAAAAAUCUUUACGGAGGCGAAGACGGACCAGUUCUUGAAUCAGCUAACAAGCUAUAUACUGAUCAGACUUUAGAUGCAAAUAGACGUUUUGUAAAAGAUAUAGCAAAAUAUUAUGAUGCCAGUGUCCAGAAACUUGAUUUCAAAGAUCAUUCAGAUGCAAGCCGCAAUACUAUAAAUGAUUGGGUCUCAGAUCAGACCAGUCAAAUGAUACAAAAUGUGCUAGAGAAAGGUUCAAUUGACCAAAAUACAGUCAUGGUGCUAAUUAAUGCUAUUUACUUCAAAGGCAACUGGCUCAACCAGUUUGACAUAUCAGAUACAUCUGUCGAGAGUUUCACAACUGAAACUGGUAAAGUAGUCAAUGUGAACAUGAUGUAUCAAGAAGAUCUGUUUAACCAUUACUAUGACAAUGACCUCAAAGCACAGUUCCUGGAAUUACCAUAUGAAGUAGGAACAAAGAACAGUGUGGACAUUCGCAUGGUUAUCAUUCUUCCAGAAGGAAAAGAUGGCAUCCUUGAACUUCAAGAGAAACUAACAGCUGAAAUGCUUUCAAAAGCUUUGGAUGAGCUCCAGUAUUGGCCAACACCUACAUAUUUACAUGUACCAAGAUUUGAAUUCAAGGAAAAGUAUCAGCUUCAUUCCAUUCUGGAAGAUAUGGGAAUGGACGAGUUGUUCUCUGCAAGUGUUAAUCUGGAUGGUUUCAGUACUGAUCCCAGGGUGGAUGUGUCUACUGUUGUACAUGAGGCAGCAGUGGUUAUCAAUGAAAAUGGUACUGAAGCUUCUGCAGUGACAGUCAUAGGAGGAGGGAGAUCGGGUUAUAUUCCUGAUCCUGCAACUGUCAAAUGUGACAGACCAUUCCUGUUCCUCAUCCGCGAGGUGAAAGAAGAAAAGGAUGGAUGGGCAAUGAAAACUAUUCCUGGACCAAUUUUAUUCUUUGGAAAAGUUUCUGAACCUAUAGAGGCAAAGGAUGCUAUAUGUAAUGCGGAAGACCUAAACAAUUGCAGAGAUAUGUGCAGGUUGAAUUGCUUUGAAGCAAAUAAGAGACUCACAAACAAAUCAAGGAAGAAGAAUUGCCCAACCUGGGUUGGGUUGUUUGAAAAAUACAGAAAUUGCAAGACUGAUUGCCGCAAAGACAAAUGUGUGCAAAAUUGUUAAAAGAUUAUCAAUAUAUCAGAAUAAAG